AUGACUAGCUCCAGUCCGCACCGCCGCGACGCACCAUCAAUUCCUUCAAAUUCCAACACAUCGCACAAUGAUCGUGAGCGCAUGAUUCACUGGCGAACAGCCGCCAUCAGCACCACUGCACCGUGGCUCAACAGAACGAAUUCCGCAGAGAGAAAGAGAAGACACACGGGAUCGGAACCUGAGCGCAGAGACUAUCCGUAUCAACCAUAUCAGCCGAACGAGACUGUUGAGCAUUCCCAUACACCUGAAUCUCGCUUGGACGAUCCGGCGAGCACAGCAACUGCCAACCGAGAACAGUCAGGGAGUAGCCAACGAGAUCCACCAUACAACCCUUUUCGCCCAAGAAUCGCACCUGAUCUCACGCUCGACGACCGGUGUGGUCUUCGUCAACCUGUUCUAGACGGUCCAAGAUAUCCUCCUGAUCCAGACGGCCUAUUUGCCUUCGAGAUUCCCAGCGAACUUGAACUUGGCGGAGGAGAAGUAGAGAGCGAUCUGGAUACAGCAGUAGAUCCGGCGAGCUCAGCACGCUCUUUCCGGCCGAACGCAAUGAGUCGUGGAAGUGUACUGAGCUCCGCCGGCAGCAGGCGUGAGAGCGACGUCGUUUUGCCGCCAUGGCAGCCAGACUCGGAAGCCACCAAGUGUCCCGUGUGCAACACCGACUUUGGCAUCUUCUUCAGAAAGCACCACUGCCGCAAGUGCGGACGUGUCAUCUGCAGUAACUGCUCGACGCACCGCAUCACGAUUCCCAGAGAGUACAUCGUCCACCCACCGUCGCAUCUCCACGGGAAUCCGGCAUCGCCAUCAAGACUGGGAGACAACCCGGCACUGGGUGGAGGAGCAGAGGUCAGAGUCUGCAAUCCAUGCGUGCCCGAUCCGAAUCCGUGGCCACCUGUUCAUGCUCCCGCUCCAACUGCGGGCGAGGCGCGGCGGCAAUCCAAUGCGCCAGUGAAUAUCGACUUUGCGCCGCCGCAAUCCCUGAUCUCGAGAUUAACGCGGCGGGAGAACGAGCGCCUCAAUGAGCUCCGCCCAUCAAUGGCACAGCCGAACUCGAUGAGGCAGCGAUCGAACACUCAUCAGCCACCGCCGCCCAGUGGUCGCAUCCACAUCCCGCCCCCAUCAUCUCGGAUGCGGCGGGGACCAUCGUACAGCAUCGGCCCGCCGCACCCUUAUCUCGGCACGGAGGCAGGAACGGCCUCACUAUCGCAACUUCGGCCACCGUAUCCUCGAGAUUACACACCAGGCAGCCCCGAUCGCCGAGGACAGUCGUUCAAUCCGGCCAGUGGGCACCAUGCCCGCAUGCCAGGCAAUUCGUCUGCUCCCGACUUUAGCUCUCCAAGCUUGGCUCGGCCUCCUCCGCAGCCGAGACGGCAAGUGAAGGAGGAGGAUGAAUGCCCGGUCUGUGGGGUGGAAAUGCCGCCCGGCGAGAGCGUCCGCGAGACGCACAUCCAAGAGUGCAUCUCCUCUCGCUUUCUCACGCCUGCACAGCCAUCGCGACCAGGACCACAAUCGUUUGGUGCCUCUGACCCGGGCCCACAAGACGCUCGUGGCUCACAGAUGUCGAGCAGUGUCAGCCCGCCUACCGUUCCAGAGGGAUCUCGGCCACGGGCGACGAGCUACAGACCACGGGGCAUGGCCGUCUAUCGCGCCAGCGAGAAGGACUGCACGACGGAAGAUGGAGAGCUGCAAGAGUGUGUGAUCUGCUUCGAGGAGUUUGAGGAGGGCGACGAGAUGGGACGUAUGGAGUGCUUGUGCAAAUUUCACCGCCACUGCAUUCGACAGUGGUGGGAGACGAAGGGCAUGGGCAGCUGCCCGACGCAUCAAUUGCAUGACUAG